AUGCCGAUCCUCCCCCGCUCAAGCUACUACGACAAGAACUACAAGCAAUCCGCCGCCCUCAUCCGCGCACGGCAGCCCUUCCUCCUCAAGAACAUUGCCACCGGCGCCGCCAUCGUCACUUUCACAAUCUCAGUUUAUGCGUUCACGAUCAAGGCAGUUUCGCAGGACGAGUUUUCUGAUGUGAAAGUCCCGGACAAACCGACGGAGCCUGCGCGUGCUUAG